AUGACAGGAGGCUCCGAACAUAAACAUGAAGAGGGCCUUAAGGACUCCAUGGUUCGUUUCCACAGCUACUUGCAUGGAGGGACCUCCAGCUUGCUCUCCACCCUCCCCACCAUUAUCGUAUUCCCUGUCUACAAGACUGUGUUCCGUCAACAAAUCCACAACACACCGGUUCACCGUGCAGUGGAACAGCUCUACAAAGAGGGACCUGCAAAGCUCUACAGGGGUGUGGCCCCGCCGUUAUUGAUGAGGACGCUGAAUGGUACACUGCUCUUUGGCCUUCAGGACACCCUCCUCCACCAUCUCUCCCACAGUGACAUCUCCACUUCUGCUCUGCCUGCUCUCGCUGGGUUUGGUGCAGGUAUGGUAGAGGCUAUCGUCUUUACCCCCUUUGAGCGUGUCCAGAAUGUGUUGCAGAAUGGCCAGAAUGACCGUAGUCUACCAACCCUGAAGAGAAUUCUUGUCAGCCUGAAAGCACAGAGGCCAGCCUUCGGGUACUACAGAGCCUUCCUGCCCAUUACAGCCCGUAACGCCCUGGGUAGCUCCCUUUACUUUGGCUUGAAAGGGCCUGUGCGUGAUGCUGUGGCUGGACAGGGGCUCCCUCCCAUGAUCUCCUCCUUCAUGUCUGGGACGCUGACCUCCAUGGCAAUCAGUCUGACUCUGUAUCCACUGUCUGUGCUAGUGGCAAACAUGCAGGCACAGGUGGGAGGGGACAUGAAAGGUGUCAGGGCUUGUUGGAGGGUGCUGUGGGAAUCCCGACAGCGGAGUUUGGCUCUGCUGUACCGAGGUGGUUCCCUAGUAAUUCUGAGAUCAUGUAUCACAUGGGGACUCACCACAGCUAUCUAUGACAGUCAGGUGAAACGUUCAGGCUAA